AUGUUGUUCGCUACCACCAUCUUUUUUGCUCUUCUUGCCUGCGGAAGCUUCGCUCUCCCUGCCCAUUCCUCGACACCUCAUCUACAUGCUCACUCAAGGUAUGAGGUCGACAGCAACUGGGACCAAGGCGCGGUGAACCAGUACCCGAUCCAUGCAUCCUGUAACCACACAGAAACAACUCAGCUCCGAAAAGCUCUUGCGGAGUUGGAGGCGCUUGCGGAGCAUGCUGCAGCACAUGUUCUUCGAUGGGGUAAUUCGUCGGAAAUAUACCGAAAGUAUUUCGGUGAUGCGCCAUCUGCCCCCGUCAUUGGGAACUUUGAGCGAGUGGUAAAUGGUGACAAGGCGCGCACUCUGUUCCGUUGCGAUGACCCUGAUGGCAAUUGCCAGAUCCCUACGUACGGUGGUCACUGGCGAGGCGAGAAUGGUACCGAUGAAACUGUCAUUUGUCCGCGAUCUUAUGCAACCCGAAGGCCACUGUCUCAGGUCUGUGCACUCGGAUACAAUGUAGCAGAGUGGCCAACCAACACCUAUUUCGCAUCCGACCUUCUCCACCGAGUGUACCACAUGCCAGCCAUCAGUGAAUGGUACGUUGAUCACUACACAGAAGACUAUCAGGAGGUCAUCGAGAUGGCCCAGCACAACAACUCGUAUUCGGUCCACGACAGCGAUACGCUGCAAUACUUUGCUCUGGAAGCUUAUGCGCACGACAUUGUCGUUCCUGGCACUGGAUGCCCAGGGCCAGCGUCAUCCGCCAGCUCUGGGACUUCUAGCGUGGCGCCUGCAAUGUCAAGCUCAGCAUCCGCAAGUUCAACUUCAGCAGCUCCGAUGUCAAGCACAGCGUCUUCUGCAAUGAGCUCUAUGACUUCUGCACCAGCCACGCCGGUUCAGCAAUAUGCGUCUUCUACAUUGAGUAUUCCACCAGGUUGCCACACCCACGCAAACGGGGAAUUGCACUGUGAAUGA